AUGGACACUGGCACUUACCCUAGUGAGUGGAAAACUAGCUUCAUAAUUCCACAUUACAAAUCUGGUGAUAAGGCAAACGUCCGCAAUUACAGACCCAUAAAUAUAACCCCAGUUAUCUCACGAAUCAUGGAGAAAGUUGUAAAAGAUCAAUUGUCAGACUACCUAAUUAGGGAAGAUCUUGUUACAAGGUCUCAACACGGAUUUCUCAAAAAUAGAUCCUGCGUUACUUGCCACUUCGACUUUUUCAACUGCAUCACUAGUAGUCGCGAAGCACGUAAGCUAGUCGUUGUUCUCUACUUCGAUAUAUCUAGGGCAUUUGACAUGGUAUCUCACAGUAUUCUCUUUGAGAAGCUGUACUCUUGUGGAAUUCGCAACCCAUUACUGAACUGGUUAAAAUCAUUUCUAAGCAACAGGGUACAAAUAACCAAAGUUGGAUCUGUAUUGUCUCAUCCUAGGCAGAUCUCAAGUGGGGUCGUGCAAGGUAGUGUCCUAGGUCCACUUUUAUUCACAGUCUACAUUAACAGCAUUUGCAAGUGCUUCACCUCAGGUAAACCAUUCCUAUAUGCUGACGACCUCAAAGUCGUCUACUCCUGCUACACUCAUGAAUUAAGCGAUAUGGUAGCUAAAAUACAUCUUGAACUAAGUAGUCUUGCAUCAUGGUGUGCCGAUUCCUGUCUAAAUUUUAACAUUGACAAAUGCGGCUGGAUUUGUAUUGGCAACAGUAACCUUGAUCUAACUCUUGAAAUAAAUGGGCGAAAACUAGCUAAGCUCAACUCAGUCGUAGAUCUCGGUAUUAGAUACUCUAGUAACCUAACGUUCGCUGAACAGACUGAUUAUGCCAGACGUAAAACGCGAAGGCUGAUAGGAUGCAUAACACGCAAUUUCUUUUGUUGUGAAACUAGGGUUUUAUUAUACAAAGUAUGUGUCCGACCUAUCUUAGAAUACUGCCCGUUUAUUCUUAGCGGACUAAGACAAAAUGACAAGCUUAAAUUAGAGGGAGUGCAACGGCAGUUUACCUCAAGAACUCUUGGUUUAGAAAGUGGUCUGGAAUACCAUGAGCGAUGCGAAAGACUAAGAUUAGAACCCCUCUGGAAAAGACGCCUUAAGCUAAACCUUAUCUUUUACUACAAGCUAACUAAUCUUCUCUUGCAUUCCUCCGAGCCAAUAACUAAACCUACCGCUGUCAUCAGUUACAAUCUUAGAAAUCAUCACAACCUAGCUGCUAUGGAGCACUGUCAGACUUACGUGCGGUACAACUUCUUCUUAAAUAAGUUUUCAGUCAUUUGGAAUAGACUACCAGCUAAUGUGCGCGAUGCAAACACACUUCCAGUGUUCAUCUCCUCAGUCACCAGACUACUCAAAGAUGACAAUGCACUUUUGCGCCUGACUCUUACACCUUCUUUUUCACCCUACAUAGAUAUUUUAAGUUCUUUAAAC